CUUUCCUGCAAGCACGCACUAGCACGCGCCCUCAGCCGGUGUCAGUGUGUCGGUCUGUUACACAGCGCGCGCUGCCUGUGGAUGCGAGCCGGAGUCAAACAGGAUCAGUCAAUCUUGUUUUCCUGUUAAUCUCGUCAUUUUUAAACGGGAGUUCUGCGCAGGAACAUCCGCGCCGCUGAAGCCGAUCACUCCGAUACCAGUUUCUCAAACGUCUGAGUCUGAGUGCAGUCGAUGCUCAAGUCCAAGUCGAGUCGCACUCGAGUACAACAACACUGUCUGAUGGUCGGUAAAGUCUCUGGUUACCAUCAUGCCCUAACCUCUGGAUUUGACCUUUGACCCUUCAACAACCUCAGAUCAUUCUAAAGCGAUGACACGUCUUCAUCAUCAUCACUACCCCCUUCAUCAUGGUCACCCAUCCCCUCGGUGACCAACCUGCUCACCACCAAACCUCCCCUGUCUGCUGCCGUCCAAUCAGCCGUGGGAAUGCACGUGAUGGGCAGCGUUUCCCCGGCCAAUGAGAGGCAGGGUUUCGCCCUCCGAGAGGAGGACGUGGCCGUCGCCGUGCCGACUUCUCCUCCUUCUCCUCCACUAAGAUUUUCUGAUAUUGAAGGCAACCGGACGAAACCGCCUCCCCCUGCCACUGCUCCCCCUCCUCCUCCUCCGCCACCUCUUCCUCCUCCUCCUCCUCCUCCUCCUCCUCCUAUACUGCCCAUGGUUCCAGGACUGGGAGACCCCACAGGAGGAGGUCUGAGUAAGAAGAAGAGGGUGAGGAGUUUCUUCUGGAAAACGAUACCAGAGGAGCAGGUAAAGGGGCGGGCCAACCUGUGGACUCAGGGCCGAGUGCAGCAGCAGUACCAGAUCGACGUCCAGACCAUUGAGGAACUGUUUGGUCAGAACGACUGUCAAUCAAACCCCAAGGCCCCGCCCACCAGAGGAGAGAGGAUCAGGAGCUCAUUUAGAGAAACCAAAGAGGAGGUCUCCAUUCUGGAUGCCAAGCGAGGGAUGAACAUUGGGAUUUUCCUCAAACAGUUCAAGAGGUCCAAUCAGAUGAUAGUAGAUGAUAUUCGCCAUGGCAACAGUGAGCCCUAUGGGGUGGAGCCUCUAAGAGAGCUGCUGAAACUGCUGCCAGAAACAGAGGAGGUAAAGAAACUAAAGUCGUACCGAGGUGACGUCUCCAAGCUCUCAUUGGCCGAUUCCUUCAUCUACCUGCUGAUUCAGCUCCCCAGUUACACAGUCCGGAUAGAGUCCAUGCUGUUGAAGGAGGAGUUUCCCGGAGUGUGUGAAGCCAUGAAAACAGACAUUGGGAUCCUUCGUUCUGCCACCAAAGAGUUAAUGUGUUGUGAGGAGCUCCAUGCUGUUCUCCACCUGGUGCUGCAGGCUGGAAACAUCCUCAACGCUGGAGGUUAUGCAGGAAACGCAGUGGGCUUCAAGCUGUCCUCCCUCCUGUCUCUGGCUGACACCAAGGCCAACAAACCGGGCAUGAACCUGCUGCACUUUGUUGCUCUGGAAGCCCAGAAAAAAGACGAGAGGCUGUUGGAGUUUCCUCUGAAGCUUAGUCACGUCCAGGCUGCAGCCAGGAUCUCUUUGGAAACAUUGGACGCUGAGCUGAAGUGGCUGAUGACCCGCACACGCUCAGUAGAGGAGAGUGUCCAGAGAGACACAGAGCUGCUGCAGCAACUGGACAGUUUCCUGCAGUCUGCAACCUCGUCUCUGUGUUCCCUGCGUGGAAGUCGGCAGCAGCUGAGGAAGGAAGGCAGCGAGCUCAUUGAUUUCUUCUGUGAGGACAGAGAUACGUUCAGACUGGACGACUGCUUCAGCAUCUUUCACACCUUCUGUUCUAGGUUCACUAAUGCUGUCAAGGAAAACAUGGAGAGGGAGGCUAAGGAAGCGGCCCGACGCCGGCGCUUGCAGAAUCUGGAGGAGCAGAAGAGGCACUCCUGGGCAGGGGGUGAGGAGGUGGGUGGAGGCUUCAGGUUGCGCUGCAGCAGUGAGGCGGACAUGCCUGCUGCCAUGUCACGACAUGACGACACCGGGCUACUGAUGGAGCUCCUGACCCCAAAGUCUCAUCCCCGCUCACCCCUUCUGGGGCACUCUGGGAGUUUACGACGUUCCCGGAACUCUCCGUCCAGCUCGCCAUCUCUUGCUGCUGAGCGUGAACUGAGCACUUUUCUAGAAAUGGGGACCCCUGACCGCAAAGUUGGCCAGACAGCUUUCCGAUCAACCUCACCUAAACCUGGGCUUAGAAGUCCAGGACUCUCCCCUCAGACUCUGCCCCAAAGUCUAAAGGUCACAACAUUCACCUUCCCCGAAAACCAGCAGCCUCAAGCGGGUGAGAUGGCACCACAGAUCCCCUCAUCACCUCCCAAGACUUCUUGGAGUCCAAAAAACACAAACACGCACCAUACAACCACCAAGUACCUCAGCCGCGAUGCUGCACAAACAGUAGAUGCCAUUAAUCCCACAAAAAAAUUUACAGUGACAGCUACCUCUGAUUCAAACCAGCAAUCCGACCACAACAACAACGGCAAAGAUCGACUUGGCCAUCAAACUCAAUCUGGUUUGAGAGGGGAACCAACUAGAAUGAACAAAUCUGAUCAGGACUUCAGUGGACAAAUCACCCGCUGUGAUGAGAAGAUCGAAUCCAGCACUACAGGCAACAUGUCUGUGGUUGUAGAAACAUGCACAUUGGUGCCUGAGCUUAAAGUGUUUGAUAAGGUCACUAACUUGACCAGUCAUAACAAAGGGCAUCACAUUAGUGGACAUCACCAGGAUGAUCUAGUAAUCACAGAUUUGGAGGAAGGAGUGGACAAAUCCCAAGCCCAGAAGGUGCAGACUAUGUCCCAGAUUGGGAAUACAGACAUAUCUGAUGUGCAGGUUUCUGAAACAAGCUGUUCUCCGUCACAAAAAGAUGAAGGACAGGAGGACAAGGUGGUUGUGUGGUGUGUGACAGGUGUGUGCGAGGCAGCCAGCGAACUCACACAAACUGACAACGCACACGCACAAACUGAGAAGGAUCAGGUUCGAAAUGACAAUCAGGGAGGAAACCAGCAAGCGUCCUCUUCCCCAGCCAAUCACACACCUUCAGAACCUCAACCAGCCAAUGAGAAGCCAGUGCCUGCACCCAUCAGCAGCCAACCAGUGCCUGUCUCUCGCUGUGACGAUCCGUCACUUCAAGGCUCUUCCCCCAGGUGGCACCCAGCAGAGCCUGCAUCAGCCAAUGAAGCGCCUGCUCUCACCACAGAUGCCUCUGAGGAAGGUAAGGAAUUGGCCAAUCAAGGAGAAGAAGCAGAGGGUACCACCAAUGAAACACAAGAUGUGGAGACCAUUCCAGAACAAUCACCAGAUGAUAAGGACAGAAAAAAUGCUGCGUCUUGUCAAAAGACCAAUGAAAACCCUGGAGCACCCUCCACCAAUGGAGAGGCAUCCAAACCAUCCACCAAGAACACCCCUACCUCAAAAACUCGACUCGCUGGGAUGAAACCUAAUGCAACCCCAAAAACCACCUCCACCACCAACAAAUACAAACCCGUCCGCACCCUCACAAACUCAGAGAACCAGGGCAUGAGGCGGGUUGUACCCAUUACCCGAACCAGCCGAGGCGUUCCCUCCCAGGGUAACCACCCUGAGAAGGCUCCUGGCCACCAACAGGGAUCCUCCAAGACUCCAGCGCUCACCAGUCUGUCCAUCUCCAACCUCAACAGCACCUCCCACCGACGAGGAGAGAAGCCUUCCACUGCUCCAUCUUCCAGACGGUCCAGCAUCAACAAGAUGCAAGACCCCAAGGAUCCGAAAGACCAGGCAGUAUCAGAUACUCAGGCAUCUGCCAAAGAGCAGAACCGGGACUUGCAAAGGAUGCCGUCCAUCCGAAAACCCUUAACAAAACCCAAACCCCAGCAGGAAGAGAAGAUUUGUCGCUCCACUCUGCGAGCUCUCACUCAGGCUGCAGAGGGAGGUGGAGGAGGAGGAGGCAGUAUCAGUGCCCCUGCUACACCUUUGCACAAAACCACAACACCUUCAUCAUCCCUACUUCCAGGUUUUGCCCGAAACACCGCCUCCUCUUCCUUCAGACGGACCCACACCACCCUUGCUCCACCUCAUUCACCCCACACUGGCUCAGACUCUUCUCAUAAAUCCUCCACGAAGACCACCACCUCCUCCUCUGUCACACCAACCAGCACCUCUUCUGCUUUCACCCGAACAGGCUCAUUGAGAGUCCCGACCACUACCACCAGAUCUAAAGAUCUCCUCAACCCAUCCUCCUCCCCGCUAAAGAGGUCUCAGAGCAUCAGGACAUCUCCUCACUCGCCCCUCCAUGACUCACUGACUCCACCUAAAGGCCACCGGCAGAAUGACAGCGGCAGCUUUUCCGACAAGUCAGCUAACUCUAGGGACUCGGUCAAGCCCACAAGGCCGAGCUGGAGGUAACAGGAAAAAUCUGAGGCUGCGCUCCAACAUGAAGUCUGGGCUCCUUCUGUCUUUACAGGAGGUAGAAGAGGAACCAGUGGAUACAUUCCAAUAUGAAGUAUUGGCUGGUUAUUCACAGAGGAAGAGAGGAUGCAUUCUCAAGCAAAAUUCUCAAGUUUAGGUGGAGAAAUGAAGGAGAUUACAUUCCAACGAGAAGCACAGACACUGAGACUGAAAGGCUUAGUUCAAUAUGAAGUUUAAUUUAAUUGAAUUUCUCUCCUGCUGGUUGUGAAAGGAUCCAUCUUUUUUGAAAGCUACUUACUCUAGAAACUUAAGAAUAAAAUGUCCCUAGCUGGUGUAACACCUUCUCGUAGGGCUGCUAACGCACUACCCAGCUGGGAACAUGCUAAAGCCGGUCAGUCAUAAUAGGUGCUGCAGUCUGGUCUUAAUCAUGCAGCGGUUUCUUUGUCCCAUGCAUGCUUUUCAUUCAGCAUUGUAGUAUUUAAGCUAGAGUUAUACUUUCCACAUUAGCAAGGACACAAGGGUCCUCUUGGGUCCGAGUUUGUACUACAGGCUACCACACUAUGAGGGUACCAACUGCUCAUGCACUCCUUAAACUGGACUCAAAGUGGACUAGACAGUAGCACAAUAAGAACAAAUAUAGUAUCCAUCACUGUCUAUGUGCGCAUCCACAAGGGAGUAUAAUUGAGGCCUUAGAAGCCAACAGCCUUAGUGGUACUGUAGCAGUUUUCCUGACAUAACAACAAAGUUUUCAUACUUAUUUUGUGUUCCCAGAAUAUAGCAAUAAAAAAUAACUUCUCCUGCGAGCAGCUAAACCAGGGUCCAACCAUAAAUCGUUACAUACAUGGAUCCCCCCAGAUUUUCUGAGACCUGCCACAUUCAUAGUUUACAAGGAAAGGAAAUAAAUGCAUGCAUCAACAUAUGUGUAAUGAGAUUUUAAAAAAUAAAUGCCCUGUCUUUUCUUCAGUGUUGAUGGUAAAUGACGUGACUGAAUCCCAGCUGGGUGUUUCCUGUAACCCCCCCAGAUUAAACGACUUCAAUUUAUGUCUUAAAUUCCUCUUCGAUUCUGCACCUUUAACUUCACUAACCAAACUGAGGAAUCUCUGUACAUCUGGCCUGAUUGAAGUAGAAAUUAUAGAAUUAUUAUUGUAUUUAAAAUAAAAUCACUGAAAAUCAUGUAGUUUUGAAAAGAAUGAUCAGUUAAGACGAAGAGACAUUUAAAGUGUCUCUGAUUCAAACCAACAGUGUCUGACUCAAUGAGAAAAGUCUGCAGUGCCAAGUUUGUUAAUAUGACGAUAUGUACAUGUAUCUAUUUAUGUAUGUAGUUAAUAUUUGAUAUGUAUACAAUCUGUCAACUAAUUAAUAAAGUAUUAUUCCUCCAUCA